AUGAUUAAUUCACGUCUAUAUUUAAAUAUUAGUGAUCCAAUUUUUACAACAGCAAUUAAAGGGUUUGUUCGAGACAUACAUAUAUUAGCGAGAGAUGUUAUUUGGGUAGAAAGGUGUAAGGAGGUUAAUAAAUGGGAACGAAGUGUCGGUAUCUCUAGGAUAGUGAAAAAGAAUUGUAAAUUAGAGACAUCUUCUUUACCAUCUAUAGGGUCAAAUAGUAAACAUAGAAAUCAAUUUAUAUAUGAUGUGUCACAAAGAUGGCUGGGUAGUUACCUGGCAAAUAUGGAGCAUAGGAAAAAUUUAUGGUUUAGUUUAGAUAUUUCUGAUUUAUGGUCGUAUCAUAAUUUAGUUAAAUUUAGAAGUUCUAAGUAUGCAUUAAAUUAUAGUAUUUUAGACUAG